AUGGAAAGGAUCACAGAAUCUAUUCAGAAAUUAAAUUCAGUCAAAUCUCAAUUAGUAAGUAUCACAAAUCGCGUUAAUGCCCUCAAAAAGCAAACAGAAAUCCUCGAACAGCAGCCAACAGCUGAAGCGGCUGCUCCUAAGGAACAGUAA